AUGAAUAAGUCAUAGAGACGUUGUUGAUUUAUUGUAACCAUAUUCAAUAGAACUAGAUCUAGCGUAGACUAGUCUAGUUAGAAUUAACUAUAUGCAAUUUUAUUCCAAUACAAUAGCAUACAUAAGCUUGAUAUAGGCUAGAGACUCGAAGAGAGAAUGUCAGAUAGGCCUGCAAGGUCUCGUAAGCCAGUAACCUAUUCUGGUUUUGAUGAAGGUUCUGAUGAUGACUUUGCCUGUACCACUCCACCUGCUCCAAAGAAAUCAAAGACAUCGAAAAGUGACGAAAAGGGAAAUAAAUUAAAAUCAACAGUGAAAGAAAAAAAAUCAUCAUUACUUGCAGAUGUUGAUUUAUCAUUAAUCCAAGAGUCAGAGUCUGGGAAAAAAAGACGUGCACCUUUAGCAGAAAAGAUAUAUGAAAGAGAAUUAAAAGCAGCUCUGCAGUUGUCAAUACAAGAAGUGAGUGCAAGUCAAGAAAUGUUAAAGCACAAUGGAAACUCUGAAAACCUUAAUCCCACACCUGAUGAGGGGUCAAAGUCCAUUUCCGUGACACAUGAACAUAGAAGUGAACCUGAAAUUAAAAAACCUGCUCCAAUCAUUGGAGUAACUAUGGAUGAAACAAUUGAGAUCUUGGAGAAUCCUGCAAGUGACAAGAAAAACUGCAAGGUUUCUAUGAGUAGACCAAAGAGAUCUACCACUGUAAAAACUAAACCAAGGAAAUUAAUUUUGGAUGAUAAGAGUGAAGAUGAGAGUGACUUCAGCUCUGAGCAAGGGGAGACAAGCGAGGAUGAUGACAACCAGAGUGAUGUCAGUGAGGAGGAGGACACAGGGAGUGACAGUGACUAUGGUGGCAAGGUCGGAAAGAAAAAAACAAAACCAGAUAGGACAAAAUCAAAGACACCUAUAAAGACAAGCAAAGAUGUGAAGAAUAAAUUAAGCCAUGCAGCGACACCUGACCCUUCCAUGCCACCUUUAAUCAGCAUCUCCUCCAAGCCCUCUUUGCCAGUACUACAGAACAUUAAACCACCCACAUUAACAGCAGUCAGGGAAAACAAUGUGAGUUCACCAGCUCCUGUACCAGUCACAACCAAGGCUUCUACACGUGCCUCAGCCUCAACCAAGGCCUCACCAUCACUGACAGCCUCAACCAAGGCCUCACCCACACUCACUGCAGCCUGGAAACCUCCAGCUCGUGCAAGUCCUGGAAGCUCUACAUUGAGCAGUGCCAAGUCCCCAACCUCAAACCUUCGUCUGGGACUUUCCCGAAAUCAGACUGUUAAGCCCUUGCACUCGUCUUUUAAAGUUAUAUGACAAAAUAUC